AUGGAGUUUCUUCAUAAAGAUAACGAGAGUGAUAAACCUGUUGCUGUGGUACUUACGGCAAAAUGGGGUACUGAAUGUCAUAUUUUAUAUAUUCAUAGUUUAUGUGUUCCUAAAUUAUUUAAAAUAAUGGAAGAAUUAAAAGUUGAACCUGAUAGUUUAGCUGAAUAUUUAUUACCAUCAAAAAGUAAUAGAAAUCUUCCAUAUGAAGCAAAAGCAGAAGGAAUUUUAUUUGUUGGAUAUCCAAAUUUAAUUGAUCAUACAACUAUAUGUAUUGGUAUAACAUGGAUAUUAGAUGGAAAUGUUGAUAAAAAUUUUAUUCAUUCAUAUCAACAAUUAAGUAAAAGACUUUGUCAUGCUAUAUCUGUUGAAGAAACUAGAUCACGAGGAUUAUUACAAAAAGAAGUUGAAAGUAUUGUAUCAGCAACACCAAAAUAUUCUGAAGAAAUUUAUAAAAAUAGUUUUCAAGUUUAUUUUAGUGAAACAAUUUUAACAGCAAGUAGUUUUGCAAGAACUCUUAAAGAUGUAUACAAUCAAAUAUGGUAUACUGGACUUGUUCAUACAUUUGUAAAUAAUAAUGUUGAGUUAGGAUUUGUUUUGGCACAAAGUAUUCCUGAAUUUACUCUUAAUGUUCCUAAUAUUGCUUGUAGAGAUAUUAAUGAAUUAAUGAGAAGAAUAAGACCAUAUCAUACAAUUGUUUUAAUGAAAGAUAUAAUGCCUUCAUUAGAUUGUAGUCCAUUAAUUGAUCAAUUAGUUAGAUUUUUAACACCAGAAAAAAGCUUUAAUACAGUAGCAACUGAAAGAGGAAUUUCUAUUGGGCAAAUAUUUUUAACAAUACGAAAUCUUUUAACAUGGGUACCAUGUUCAAUUAUUUAUCCUAUAUGUAUGAAUAAUGUUUAUACAUCAUCAUUAGAUUUAAAUUAUAGUGAAAGCCUUCUUCAAGAUAUAGCUAAAGAGUAUGAAGGUGUAAAUGUUUAUAAAAUUAUUGCUGCUUUUUCACCACCAUGUACAUUAAGAGAUUUUUUAUCAAAUAAUUCAGAUGAAAAUACAGGAAAAUAUGAUUUAAAAAGUUUAUUUAUUUGCCUUUUAAAAUAUCGUUUUAUUGUUCAAUUACAUGAUUAUUAUGUAGCAACAUUACCAUUCUCGGAUAAAAAACCUUUACCACCUCAGGAUACACAAUUUUACAAAGAUCUUCAGAUUUUUGUUAAUAAACAUAGUACUUUAACAAAUGAUUUCACACCAUUUCUUUUAGAAAUUGGGGUAAAAUUAAAUGAGGAACAAGAUUAUGAUUUGGAUAAAAUUAAAGAAAUAAUGUUAAUGUUUUUUAAUAUUGUUAAAAAUUAUAAUGAACCUGAACAUUUAGAAGGAAUUAUUUUUAGAACUGGAUUAUUAAGAGAAACAGUAUUAAGAAUUUUAGAUUUUUUUAAAGAUAUAGUAUGUUCAUAUUGUACUACUAAUCUUAUUCCAUAA